CUUCUCUUUCUCUCAUGGCUUCUCCUUCUUCAUCAUUGUCGCCCCGCAACUGGAGCUACAACGUCUUCCCGAGCUUCCACGGGCCUGACGUCCGCAAAACUUUUCUCAGUAACAUGCGAGAACAGUUUAAACGAAAUGGAAUCACUAUGUUCGAUGAUCAAGAGAUUGAGAGAAGCGCAACAAUUGCUCCUUCACUCACAGAAGCUAUAAGAGAGUCGAGGAUCUCCAUCGUGAUUCUCUCUAAGAAUUAUGCUUCGUCAGGCUGGUGUUUGGAUGAAUUGGUGGAGAUAUUGGAGUGCAAAAAAGCUAUGGGACAGAGAGUGAUGACCAUCUUCUACGGAGUUGAGCCAUCCGAUGUACGUAAACAGACCGGGGAAUUUGGGAUCGCUUUCAAUGAAACUUGUGCACGUAAGAGGGACAAAGCUAGGCAGAAAUGGGGCAAAGCUUUGACUGAUGUGAGCAAUAUUGCUGGAGAAGACUUCCAAAAAUGGGACAACGAAGCAAACAUGAUCAAGAAAAUUGCAAGAGAUGUUUCAGAUAAACUAAAUGCUACACCAUCAAGGGAUCAUUUUGAUGGCAUGGUGGGACUUGAAACUCAUUUGAGAAUAAUGAAGUCUUUACUAGAUUUAGAUUAUGACGAUGGAGUUAAAAUGGUAGCAAUCACUGGUCCUUUAGGAAUUGGUAAGACUACCAUUGCCAAAGCUUUACAAGGUCUACUCUCUAAUAGGUUUCAACUUAGUUGUUUUAUGGAUAACCUUAGGGGAACCUAUAUCAGUGGUCAAGAUAAGUUGCGUUUACAAGAGCAAUUUCUUUCAAAGGUUUUGAACCAGGAUGGUGUUAGGGUAUGUCAUUCAGGUGUGAUACAAGAAAGGCUACACAAGCAGAGAGUGCUCAUCAUUCUCGAUGAUGUGAACAAUAUAAAGCAAUUAGAGGCGUUGGCAAAUGAAACUACAUGGUUUGGUCCUGGGAGUAGGAUUGUAGUUACCACAGAAAACAAAGAGCUUUUACAGCAGCAUGGUAUCGAUAAUAUGUACCAUGUGGGGUUUCCAUCUGAUGAAGAAGCUCUCAAGAUCUUAUGUAGAUAUGCUUUCAGAAAAAUCCCUAUGUCCCAUGGUUUUGGAGAGCUUGCUAAAAGAGUAACAAAGCUUUGUGGUAAUCUUCCCUUGGGUCUUAGUGUGGUGGGUUCAUCUUUACGUGGAAAGAAUGAGAAGGAGUGGGAGCAAGUAAUACACAGGCUAGAAUCUACUCUUGAUCAAGACAUUGAGGAAAUACUAAAAGUCGGUUAUGAGAGUUUAGAUGAGACUGAGCAAACUUUAUUUCUGCACAUUGCAGUCUUCUUCAACUAUAAAGAUGGUGAUCUUGUGGAAACUAUGUUCACUGACAAUGACAUGGAUGUCCAACACGGGUUGAAAAUCCUUGUAAACAGAUCUCUCAUAGAAAUAUCUACGUACGGGGAGAUAAUGAUGCAUAGGUUACUACAACAAGUGGGUAAGAAAGCCAUUCAUAAACAAGAGCCUUGGAAACGCAAGAUCUUAAUAGAUGCUCCAGAGAUUUGUGAUGUCCUCGAACAUGCGACAGGUACCAGAGCUAUGUUUGGCAUAUCAUUUGAUAUAUCUGGUAUCAAGGAAGUAUCUAUAAACAAGAAGGCUUUUAAAAGAAUGCCUAAUCUUCGAUUCCUCAGAGUCUACAAAAGUAGAAAUGAUGGCAAUGACAGAGUGCAUAUACCUGAGGAGAUGGAGUUACCGCACUGUCUAAGGUUACUAGAUUGGGAGGAGUACCCAAGCAAGAGUCUUCAUCCUACAUUUCAUCCUGAAUAUCUAGUCGAACUCAGUUUUGAGGAUAGCAAGCUAGAGAAGCUUUGGGAGGGAAGACAGGUGCUUACAAAUCUCAAGAAGAUUAAUUUGACAGCGUCCCGGAAUUUGAAGGAACUCCCAGAUCUUUCGGAAGCUAUAAAUCUAGAGGUAUUGAGUCUUUUGUGCUGCGAGAGUUUGGUAGAGAUUCCAUCCUCUUGUUUGCAUCUUCAUAAACUACACAAGUUGUUGAUGAAUAACUGCACAAGCCUAGAAUUCUUUCCAGCUCACAUGAACUUGGCAUCCCUUGAACAAGUCUUCAUGGCAGGAUGCUCAAGAUUGAGAAAUAAUAUUCCAGUAAUGUCAACGAACAUUACAAACCUCUAUAUCUCAGACACAGAUGUAGAAGAUUUGCCUGCAUCAAUUGAGCUUUGCUCUCGUCUUGAGUUUCUUUCAGUUACAAGCAACAGAAAGUUCAAGGGACUAACACAUCUCCCCACGAGUGUACGAACACUAGACCUAAGCUAUACAGAUAUUGAAAAGAUUCCAGAUUGUAUCAAAGAUCUUCUUCGGCUAGAAAGCCUUGAUCUAUCUAGAUGCUUAAAACUCGCAUCAUUGCCAGAGCUACCUUGUUCGCUAAGAUUCCUAACGGCACAAGAGUGUGAAUCACUAGAGACCGUAUGUUCCCCUUUAGACACUUCAAGUGCUCAAAUGAAGUUCACCAACUGCUUCAAAUUGAGCGAACAAGCACGAAGAGCAAUUAUCCAACCUUCGCUUCGUAACGGGUCGGCUCUCUUACCUGGGAAACAAGUGCCUCCAGAGUUCGAUCACCGAGGCAAAGGAAACUGCUUGACCAUUCCUCCAGACGUUAACAGCCGCCGCAUGUUGGUUUGCGUCGUGAUUUCUCAUAACCAUCAAAUCACAGAAGAAUAUGACUUAUCCGAAUUGUGUCGUCCUCCGAGAGGCAGAUGGGACUUCGAUCACGUUGAGGGCGUUGUCUUAGUAGACUUUCAUGAUGUCUCCAGAUGUCGAGAGGAACAUGUAUAUAUAUUUGACUCUCACUUCCCAUUUAACAACUCAUCUGACGUGAGCAGAGAGAUUGUGUUCGAAUUCAGCAGCAAACUCCACGCCUUGGAGAUUAUAGAAUGUGGUGUCAAGCUCCUCACCCACGAGGACGAGAGCAUCGAAUGGAGCUAUGUAUCUGGAUCAGCCCACGUGUUUGAAGACGAGAGCAUAGAAGAAGGGAGCUAUGAUUCCAGAGCAGACCAAGUGUCUGAAGAAGAGAGCAUCUCAUGGAGCUACGAUGAAUCUGGAGCAUACCGAGUGUUUGAAGAAGAGAGCAUCGCAUGGAGCUAUGGAUCUGGAUCUCAAAUGUUUGAAGAGGACAUUGAGUUUGUUGAACCCAGAGAAGAAUCAUUUGUAGACGAAACUAAUAUCGAUGAUAUUUCAAAUGGCGAAAUCUGUGUCUCUAAAGAAGUCGAGAACCUAGAAGGCGGCCAAAAACGCACAGAUUGUUGGAGUUGGCUUCUCCUCUGCUUCGGUCUCUCGGUUUUGGGGAAGAAGACGAUAGAAUCCGGUUAGCUGAUUGACGUGGCUAUUCUUGUUGGGGAGGAGGGGAUAAUGAGAGGAGAAAUCUAGCACCCUCACACAGUCCCACUAAUCCGGUCCUGUCUUAUGCUAUAACCGGCUGGUUAUGAACCUCAUACCAUUUACUAAAUUAAUUUUCCAAGAAAAUACUAACUAAAAAAUUUGAAUGUAAAAAAAACAGUUUUAAAACUUUUUUUUUCAAAAAGAAACAAUUUAACAAAAAAUAAAAACAGAAAACAAGAUUAGAGAAAACAAAAACUUUUGAUUAGAUAAAAAAGAUGAUCUAAUUUCAGGAGA